AAAGUGGACGGCAGUUUUGGAAGCGCUCUGAAGCGAUGCAGUCGCGUCUCUGAAAUCGGCUAAAUAAUGUUGCAUUAUCAAAGAAUCACCAGAGAAUAAGACAAAAGCGGUGAUAGAUACAUCGAGUUGAUCAUAGAUAAACUGUCUUAUAUGAUUAUAAAAAAAAAUCUGUGGUGCGUUCGUUACAAUCUUGUGUCAAGCUUCGCCUCCAGAUACAGUAGAGAAUGCUAAUAACUUUAUUUUAAUAUCUCUAUAUAAUCAUUGAACAAUUUGCAAAACAUUAAAUAUCAAAUAUUGACAACAAUUAAAAUUUUAAGUAAAUAGAUAAUUCUGAUUACAAGAUCUAUAAGUUUUCCUAAAUGCAGUUCACGUGAAUGAGAUAACUAAAACUCUAUCAAGAGAUCAUUUAGUUAAAGAUAUUGUCUUUAAAGUGCAUGUCGUUUGUGUAGUGCUGAUAAUGAUAAUAAAGAACAAUAGUUAAAACUAUUAGCAAAUUGAAAAUAAAAUAGCAAUAUUUGUUUAACAAUCUUUCAGAAAUGAGAGAUAAAUAUGCGAACGCAAAAUGUUCUUAAGGACACCAUUGGAAGAUGAAAACGUCGUCAAAUAAUCAACAUGAAAGAAAAGGAUUUAGAGCAAUUCGAAAAUCGAUCGCAGCUAAGGGAUCGUCCAGGGACUGUCAAGCUUGAGCUAUGUAGCAUCAAUUCCACCAAGUACUGCUGACUCCGAUACAGUAUAUAUGGCAGUCCGUGCACAGUUGCAUUUCCGACUUGGCCCAUUCCCCCCACUGAUGUCUGUGGCCAGCAGCUUGUUGGCCACAAGCGGCGCCGUUGGACUGAAGCAGAAUGCUUCAACAAGUUACGACAGCUACUCGGAAACAUGGAGCACUGGCAAUCGCAGCCUGGCACUUAGCCCGUCCUCAGCUACACCCACAACCGCAGUGCAGUCCACGUUGAAUGACUCCGCCAAUUUGACCAUUGAUGCGGUGCCCACAUUAACUGCUUUCAGUUACUACAACGAAUCUGCGGCGGCGGUCGAAUGGGCCCACUUCUACGAUCUCAUUUUCUCAUGGCAGGGCAUCUGCCUGAUAACGGUGUUCUGCACGUUCAUCGUUCUCACCGUCAUUGGGAAUACCCUCAUUAUUUUGGCCGUUAUAACCACCCGCAGGCUGCGCACAGUUACCAAUUGUUUCGUCAUGAGCCUGGCCGUAGCUGAUUUGCUUGUUGGCAUUUUCGUUAUGCCGCCGGCAGUGGCCGUCCACCUGAUUGGCUCGUGGCAACUCGGCUGGGUGCUCUGCGACAUUUGGAUAUCAUUUGAUGUGCUGCUCUGCACAGCGUCGAUUCUCAGUUUGUGCGCCAUCAGCGUUGACAGAUACCUUGCUGUCACACAGCCCCUAACCUACUCCCGGAAGCGACGCUCGAAGCGCCUUGCGUUCCUAAUGAUCCUUAUCGUUUGGAUUCUGGCAUUAGCCAUUACAUGCCCGCCCAUGCUAGGAUGGUAUGAGCCCGGCCGUCGAGACCUGAGAGAGUGUCGUUACAAUCAAAACGAAGGCUAUGUCAUCUUCUCAGCAAUGGGCUCAUUUUUCAUACCCAUGGCAGUCAUGAUUUAUGUUUAUGCUAAGAUUUCCUGUGUGAUUGCAAAAAGACACGACAACAUGACGGACAUCCAUAUUCACAAUAAGAAAUUCAAGCGUUACACGGCCGCCGAUGUGGAGAAUGAUUACUCCGAGCAGGAUCACAGUAUGGGCUAUAAGAACAAACAGACACACACACAAACCUUCUCCAACCAAACACUCUCCAAGGAUCUCCAGGAGAUUGUGCUUAGCGAAAGCGACAAUUUUGGAGUGCCAUCGACUGGAGGGAAUUGUCAGUCUCUGUUAGCUCUGCCAUCGCCCCAUUGCGGCAGUGGCAAGAGCAGUUGCUAUGAACUGACGCGGCCGUCCUCAUUGUCGCUGAAGCGCACUUCCACCGCAUCAACGACAAUAACCACAAUGACAAGUGGUAUAGGUCCCAGCUGCAGUUUGUUAGAUGCGCAGUGGCAAACCCAAUCGCAAUCGCAAUCACAAACGCAAACACACGCACAAAUGCAAAACCCACAGCAACAGCAACAUCAACCACAACAACAACAACAACAACAACAGAAGCCACGCGCCCACAGUUUUCGGCAUUCGCAUCUCAGUGUAAGUGGUGGGGACAGGCUGCGUAGCCACCACCACCAUCAUCAGCAUCAGAGCGCGGGGCCGGGAGGGGCGGAUGCCGGAGCAACCACAACAACCAAUAUCAAAUCGCUGUCGAACCGCAUUACAUCUCUCAAGAAGGAGAACAAAACAACCCAAACAUUAAGCAUUGUCGUUGGGGGCUUCAUUGCGUGCUGGCUACCGUUUUUUGUCUACUACCUGAUAACCCCGUUCCUGGCCGAGGACCAGGUCAGUGCCACCCUGACCAAUGCCCUCACCUGGCUGGGCUGGUUCAACAGCGCCAUCAAUCCAUUCAUAUACGCAUUCUACAGUGUCGAUUUUCGGGCGGCCUUUUGGCGCCUGACCUGCAAGAGAUUUUGGAAUGACGAGCAGAAACCACAGUUUCCCGCUAACACAAUGUCGAUUAGGCGAUAGGCGGCCUAAUGGGCGUGUCGUAACCUCAAAACCACAAAACCUGUGAAAUUAGAAAUUGGAUUUGGCGACAUCACGUCAUUUCCAGUGCGAAUACCAAUAUUGCUUUUAGAUUAUACAGCUACAAAAUGCAAAUGAAAACUGAGGACUCUGCUCCUUAUUUUCACCAAAUAAUCAUAAUUAAGUCUAUGCAGCUUGCGCUGAGGAAUAUUUUUGUGUAAACAAAUAUUAUCAUCAAAAUAUAGCAGCUAAUACCCUAUUAUUAUUAUGGCAAUAAGUAUUAGCCAGACUUCUGCCACGAAGAUAAAUCACAACAACAUAGAAUAGUGCAAAUGCUACACUAAACUGAAUCAAUUACCCACUUAGCAUAUAUAUAUACAACUAUAUAUAUACAUAUAGGCAUAUAUUAGUAGCAAUCCAGUACCUAUACACUUUUCGGCAUCUGAUUAUGAUAAGAUGUUGCAUUCACAUAAUAACUUCCAAUAGAAGCAGUGUAGUAUUCUAGCUCUACCCAUUAGAUGUACAUAAAUAUGUAUUACACUUUUAAUUGUGAUUUAGCCUUAAUUAAACCCUAACAACAUUUACAACAUUAGACGUCGGGCAAACAAUUUCCAUUGGAAAUAUAAAUAAUAUAUCAAAAUAAAAAUAGCUUUCAGACAUAAGAUAAUAUUUAGAUAUUUUACAACACUUCUCGCUACGGAUUCAUAUAGACCCAUAUAUGACAUUAAAUCCGAAACGCUAUCUACAAUUCUCCAUAAUUUCUGUAUAUGAUUCAGUAAGGAGAUAAAAGCUUCCUGCAGUCCUUUAGCUCACCUGAGAAAAUGUUUAAUAUAUAUCAAACUACAAUUCGAAUAUAUUUUUAAAUAAAAUGUAAUGCGAAAAUGAUGUCAGUGCAAGAAGUAACUUCAGAAAAGAGUUUGUGUUUUAAUUAGUUGGAGACCUCCUCUUCAGUAAUCCCUGCACAAUGUCACCAUAGUAAAACCUACAGAUAUACAACCAAGCGGGAUUACGUAAUUAUGAUGACCUUUCAUUUUUGUUAUGGCUUUAAGCUUAAACUCAAAUAAUUUACAAGGAGAGGAAAAUAGUCCCACUGGACUAUUACUAGGAUUAUACGAUUAUAGUUCGGAUGUGGGUAUGGGGAAAUUCCUAUGUCUUCUAAUUCUAUGCGUACUAUUAAGUUAAGUCUAAAUGCCAAAAUUGAUUCCUGCAAGAUGUAAUCAAAGAUUAGAUAUCAUAUAAUUUGGGGGAUGUAAGGAUGAGAAAGGUCAAAUUUAUAUUUAUAUAAGAUUAUAGAAUCGUCGCUACAAAUAACUGAACAGAACUACAAUCAUGGCAAGAUCGAAUUAGCUUCUUCCCCUCUCUGGGUUUCCAUCGAGUUGGCUAAUUUCAUUUAUAUAUUUUGUAUUAUUUAUUCUGCUUUGGUACAGGCAAUGCGGGCCUCGUGCUUAAUAUCAAUCAUUAUAAUCCAUUUUAGAUUGUAACUUUGUUUUAGUGCUAAUAAUAAGAACACACAUAAAGGCUUUAAAUAAAUCUAUUUAUUUUUUACGUGCUCUUA